AUGACAGUUGAAAGGAGAUAUGUUUUGGUGGGAAUUAGAAUGGAUGGCCAUAGCAGACAAUUGCUGAACUGGGCUCUCGUUAAAGUUGCUGAACCUCAUGAUUCUGUUAUUGCACUCCAUGUAGUUAGAAGUGCAGAUUAUGUUUCCAAAAGGAAGCUCUUGGUGGAGGGUUAUUUCGACGUUUAUAAAGGGUUAUGCGACGUGAAAAAGGUAGGUCUCUCCUGUCAGAUCUUGACAGGAAGUUCCUUUCGAAAUAUUCUUGUUAGAGAGGCAAAAAACUGUGCUGCUAUGGCUCUAGUGGUAGGGGGUGGAGCUUCCACGGCUAAAUAUUGCGCCAAACGACUACCACCCACCACCAAUGUUCUGGCAAUCCAAGGUGCGAAAAUUGUCUUCAGAAGGUUCACCGAUGAAAAACUACCAGGUGGUCUCAUAGAGGAUCCUAGACCAAGCCUUAGUACAGUGGUUUUUUCUGAAUUUGGUGACUCCAAGGUGGAGAGUGAGAAAUUAACUCGCGAUGAUAGCAGAGAAUUGGAGGAAGAUGCAUAUAAAGGAGCACAAAGUUGCAUGAAAGUGUUGGGUGACCCCUCAGAGCAGAAGCUUGGGUGGCCACUUCUCCACAGGGCCUAUACAGAAAUCUCACAGACCCAUCAUGUAAGGGACAUGCCUGUUGUGCAAUGGGUAAUGAGCUUACCAAAUCGUUCACCGAAGAAAAAUCAGCACUGUUCGACCAUUGACGACAAUUCAUCCGAAAGGGGCAUUAAUGACAACGAAGAUGAGAGCUACAAAAAAAUUUCAGCUCCAUCUGUUGAACUGCCAAAGAGUCUGGAAAGGGUUUUAAACGUUAAUACAUUCAGUUGCAGGUGGUUCAGCAUUGAGGUUCUUAAGUCUUGCACUUGUCAAUUCUCUUCAGAAAAUUUGAUUGGGAAAGGAGGGAGCAACCGUGUGUACAAAGGAAUCCUCCCUGAUGGGAAGCCAAUUGCAGUCAAAGUUCUGCAGUCAUCAAAAGUAGCCUUGAAAGAUUUUGCCCGUGAGGUGGAAAUAAUAUCCUCAUUAAAGCACAAAAGCAUCACCCCUCUACUUGGGAUUUGUGUUGAUGACAGUGCGUUCAUCUCUGUUUAUGAUUAUUGCCCCAAAGGAAGCUUAGAGGAAAAUCUACACGGCAAGACCGAGGAUGGUUCAUUCUUGUCAUGGGAAGUCAGAUUUAAUGUAGCUGUUGGGAUUGCUGAAGCACUCAAUUUCCUACACAAUGAAACUUCGAAGCCCAUUAUACAUAGAGAUGUCAAGUCUUCAAACAUUCUUCUUUCCUAUGGGUUUGAGCCACAGUUAUCUGAUUUUGGGCUUGCCAUACGGGGACCAACAACUUCAUCUUUUAUGACUCAUAACGACGUAGUAGGAACUUUUGGUUAUCUUGCUCCUGAAUACUUCAUGUAUGGAAAGGUCAGUGACAAGAUAGACGUCUAUGCCUUUGGUGUAGUGCUACUUGAACUAAUAUCAGGAAGGGAACCUAUCAGCUCUGAGACUUGCAAUGGACAGGAGAGCUUGGUCGCGUGGGCAAAACCAAUAUUAGAAAGUGGUGAUGUUGAAGGUUUAUUGGAUCCAAAUUUACAAGAGAAGUUUGAUGAGGCUCAAAUGCAAAAGAUGGUUCUGGCAGCAUCUCUGUGCAUUAGACGGGCUGCACGGCUACGUCCAACAUUGAAUCAGAUUUUGAAUAUAUUAAAAGGAUACGACGGGAAAGUUGAAAACUUCUUCAACGCCUACCAGAAUGAUUCUGAAAAUCAAGAAAAUAUUGAUGACGAAGUCUAUCCAAAUUCAAGUGCAGAUUUGCACCUGAGCCUGGCAUUACUUGAUGUGGACUAUGACACUGCAUCAAAUAGCAGUACAGUCACCACAGAGCACACAAUGAUGAACAUUUGAAAGAACAAUGGAGCAGAUCAUCUAGUUUUAAUUAGCUUCUUUCAAUUUUAUGGAACCUAUAGUAAUAGGUAACAGUUUGUAGGGGGGCAGUUAAAUAAAUAAUCUGCCCCAUUCCCAUUAGGAA